CUGUUGACUAUUCUAGGAGGUCAAAGCAAAGUGAAUGGUAGAGAAUUUUCUAAGGUUGAAGGGUGGUGAUUACGAUUUGGGACUUGGGUGCUGGCUACCGGGGUCUGAACAUGAACCAGGCUGGAGGCCACGAUGGCUCCAAUUGUGAUGUCAGUCAGUCAGUCAUGGGCAAUGGAUUCCUAGCCACUGAUUCGGGCUUUCUGAGUGCCAUUUGGGCUUCGGUGCAGAGUUCAGUCUCUGAGGAGGGCACUACUCACGUUAAACUUAGCCCUAACCAGCUCCUCCAAAUCACCAAGUUCCUGAGGGACGUCGAUGGAAAGUUCCGGAGUUUCCGGGAACUUUUUCAGCGAGAUGGUGGUGUACAUUCCCGCCCUGUCGAAGUUAAGCUGGCUAACCUGCUCCAAGCCAUCUCAUCCUUUCUGAGCAAAUACCCAGCCCUGAACUGUAGAGGCAUCCAGCCAGCCACGGCUACCCUCAUUUCCUGUGUGAACGACCUCAACAGUCAAGCGAAAGGAGCUGAGAAUAAGAAACGCUACAGUGAGAUUUUCCGGAGCUUGGACGCCCUAGAAAUUUCUAUUGGAAAUGCGGCAGUCGAUUUGUUUGUUGACGAUAUGGAGGACAACAGCACUGGAGACCCAAACACACAACCUGAACAACUGCAGACAGAUGACAGUUUUCGUGAGCAUGACAGAAAUUCAGAGGCUGAAGAAUCAGCAAACAUGACAGCUGAAGAAGCCGAUGAGAUGCUGAUCAAGUGCGAUGGGGGCGUGGAAGCGGCCCUGGAAUAUGCCAAGAUGUGGUGCAAAUACGUCAAGGAGCUCCUGAGCUGGGUGGACAAACGUCUCAAUUAUGAGAUUGAGUUUGCAAAGAAUAUCUUGAAGAUUGCUGAAACGGGCAGAAAUGCUGUUAACCAGCAGAACUAUAUGCCCCUGCAGGCCCUAUAUACUAUGGUUAUGGAGCACGACAUAAAGACAGGGAAUUUAGCCAUUGACACUGCGGGAAUUCUGCAGAUGAAAGAAUACUACAAGCCUCUUUGGGCCAAGAGGAAUGAAAUUGAGAAGUGGCGGAAGGAGUUCAAAGAUCAGUGGCAGAAAGAGCAGAAAAGGAUGAAUGACUCCUUGUCCUCUAUGCGCAAGUCCCGCCAACAUUACCUCCAGCGCUGCGAAGAUUUGGAGAAAGCCAAAGUGCUGAGCGCCAGAGCAGAAGAAGAGUGCCAAGGCACUGCAGGGAGUGGCAACAAGCAGCUGGAGAAACGGCGUCGCUAUCGAGAGGAGGUGCAGUUAAAGGCUCAGGAGUCAGAAGUCAUCUACAAAACCUGCAUCUGCGAUGUCAACAGUCGCCAGCAGGAGCUGAAGAAAGUCCGGGAGAGGAUUGUCUCCCACAUCCGCAAGCUGGUGUACCAGGGAGAUGACGUGAUGACGCGGGUCACCUUAAGGAUGUUCAUGCUUCGGCAAGCCCAAGCGGAGCGGAUCCCUGAGGGAUACCAAACGCUUACUGAGUUCUGCAAGCCCUACAAGGUCGGCGAGAAAUACUUGGAGUUCAUUCAGAAGCUGCAAAGAAAAGAACUUCCAGUGGAAGAGUACACUUUUAAGGAAUUUGUCCCCUCAGGGUCAAGGUCACCCUCCAGUGCCAGAAGAAAGAAUGCCACACAUUACGGUCACAUCUCUUCAUCGGCCAUCGACCUCAGCAGCUCCUCAGAAGACACCUCCGGAAAGACGUCUUCUGUAAGCAGCGAGCAAAAUCCCAGCAAAUCCUUCUGCAGUGACACAGAGAGCCUGGGAGGAAGCACCGAGGGCCAGUCCUUGGAUUCCCCGACCUCCAGUCCAGCUCACCAGAAGCUGCUGAAAGCUCCGUCCACGGGCACUGUGUCCUCCUCAGAUGACUUUGAAGACAGAGAUAUGAUACCAGCCUAUGACAAUGAUCUCACAGAUGCUUCAUCUGAAAAUGGCCACUGCCACUAUAAGAAGAUCAUCUUGUCCAGCGCUGCUCAGACCCACCGGCUACGGAAGCUCCGGGGCCCUUCGAAAUGCCGAGAAUGCGAGACCUUCAUGGUCAGCGGUGCCGAAUGCGAAGAGUGCUCCCUGACCUGUCACAAAAAGUGCUUGGAGAGCCUUCUCAUUAAAUGCGGUCAUCAGAAGUUGCCAGCACGGGUCCCGCUCUUUGGGGUGGACUUCACUCAAGUGCCACGGGACUUCCAGGAGGAGGUGCCGUUCAUCGUGGUGAAGUGCACUUCUGAGAUAGAAGCUCGUGCCCUGGGAGUGCAGGGCAUUUAUCGGAUCAGCGGGGCCAAAGCACGGAUGGAGAAGCUGUGCCAGGCCUUUGAAAAUGGCCGGAGCUUGGUGGAGCUUUCAGAUCAUUCGCCUCAUGACAUCACUGGAGUCCUCAAACAUUUCCUUAAGGCGCUGUCCAGUCCUGUGCUUCCAUACAAGCUCUACGACGAUUUCAUAGCCCUUGCAAAGAACUUGCCAAGACCUGAAGAUGGGGCAGGAGAUGAUUCGGAGACACAGGCAGAUGCCAUCAAGAGCACAAAGGAUAUGCUGAGCAAACUGCCAGCCACAAAUUAUAACACCUUACGGCACCUCAUCGCUCACCUGUACAGGGUGGCUGAGCGAUACGAGGAGAACAAGAUGUCUUCCAGCAACCUGGGGAUCAUCUUUGGUCCUACACUAAUCCACCCUCCCACUUGUAACGACCUGUCCAUGUUGUGCCUCGUGGAGUCAGGGUAUCAGUCCCAGCUGGUUGAGUUUCUCAUCCUCAACUACGAGAAGAUUUUUGGGAUGGAUGACCUCCCUUCGACUGGCUUCUGCGAGCGUGAAAAUUCCUUGCGAGAAGGAACCGUCAGUGAAGGUCUUCCAGGCCUCACAAGAGAAAUGGAUGCAUCUUUAGAGAAACCCACCUCUGAGCAGCAUCUGAAUGAGGACGAUGGUGUAGCUGAUGCCAGCCACAAGCCGUGCACAGACCAAACACACUCAACUGCAAGCAGAGACAGCGUAGAGCUGAGCUGCACAGAUGAUGAUGACACAGAGGACUCUUCGCUUGACCAGGAUGCUGUUAUCGGCGCCCAGUCCAGAACCCGUUUCAGCCGGACGCCCGUGAAAUAUUCCCGUGCCUUCAUCCCCAAAGUUUCCAGUCUGCCACUGCUGGCUGCCGCCCUGUCUGGCUCAGAGGCAAUCAGCAGCCUCUUGGAGGUGGGUUCGAGCAGCCGCAGCUCCUCUCCGGACACCCGCGGGCGGCGUAAGCGCUUUGAGAUCACUCCAGAGACUGCCAGGAUAGUGGCCAAGCUCCAGCCUCAAAAUGGAAACCAAAGUUGCUGUCCACCUGACGAGGUGACGCCACUGUAGGAAAAGCCUGCAAGGACAUU